AUGGCUCUGCAGCCGCCAGGUGAGGCCGGGCCUCAGGACCAGGUGUGCUACCCGCCCGAGAAGCUGCAGACCAGCCCCCAAGAGCUGGCCGCCUACUACGCGCCCUUCCCGCCCUACGGCCACUACGCCAACGGCCUCGCCGUGCCGGGGCAGGACGCGCAGACCUUCCAGCAGCUGGAGGCCGUCGCGCCCGCCCCCCAGGUGCUACCCCCCUUCGUGUUCCGCAACGCGCCUCCGCUGCUGAGCCCCGGCCUGGCCCUCCCGCGGGAGCCGCUCUACGAUGUGUCCUGGUACAAUAAGCUGCCGGCGUGGUACCCAAUGACCCCGCUCCCCAGGGAUGUGACGCACUUCUUCGGCGGCGGCGAAGACUUCGGUCACCCGGGGGGUGGCCGCGACGACGGCAGCCAGUGCUGCGCCCCCGACGCUUGCCUUCCCCCGCCGCCCCCUGUGGAGGCCCCCCUGGUACCCGAAGGGAGGAAGGCAGCCUCCCACUUGGUGUCUAGCGCCCCCAGUCAGCGGGCCGAGGAAGCCCCCAGGCUCCGGAACCCCGAGGGGCCGCCGGUUCAUCGUUAUCACUUCACGCAGGACGACCUGCACCUCGUUCUCUACGGGGUGGUCCCCAGCUCUGAGCAGAAUGCUCCCCUGCAUCACGCCAUUUCCGGACUCUUUGUACCCACCAACGGUCCAGGGUCUGAUUCUCUUCCUCAAGCUCUGGACAAACACUCUCUGCAAAUACCAGAAGGUCUCUGCCUGAGGCAGACGAACUUUGGUGAAGUGCCACAUUUUGGUGUGUUCUGCACAAGUAUCAUGGCCAAAGGAGUCAGGUUUGGGCCCUUUCAGGGAAAAGUGGUCAAUGCCAGCGAAGUUAAGACCUACGGAGACAAUUCUCUCAUGUGGGAGAUCUUUGAAGAUGGCCGUCUGAGCCACUUCAUAGACGGCAAAGGCAGUGCCGGGAACUGGAUGUCCUACGUCAACUGCGCCCGAUUUCCCAAGGAGCAGAACCUCGUUGCGGUGCAGUGUCAAGGGCAGAUUUACUACGAAAGCUGCAAAGAGAUCUAUCAGAACCAGGAGCUCCUGGUGUGGUACGGAGACUGCUAUGAAAAGUUUCUGGACAUUCCCGUGAGCCUUCAGGUGAUGGAGCAGGGAAAGCAGACGGCGGGGCCCUCGGAAGAGUCUGCUGAUGGUUACAGAUGUGAAAGGUGUGGAAAAGUAUUUACCUACAAAUACUACCGAGAUAAGCAUCUCAAGUACACUCCCUGUGUGGACAAGGGGGAUCGAAAAUUUCCCUGUUCGCUCUGCAACCGCUCCUUUGAGAAGAGGGACAGGCUCCGCAUCCACAUCCUCCACGUACACGAGAAGCACCGGCCUCACAAGUGUUCUACAUGUGGAAAAUGUUUUUCUCAGUCUUCCAGCUUAAACAAACACAUGAGAGUCCACUCUGGAGACAGACCCUACCAGUGUGUGUAUUGUACAAAGAAAUUCACGGCCUCCAGUAUCCUCCGCACACACAUCAGGCAGCACUCCGGGGAGAAGCCUUUCAAGUGCAAGUUCUGUGGGAAGUCCUUCGCCUCCCACGCGGCUCACGACAGCCACGUCCGCCGCUCGCACAAAGACGAGGAGCCCGGCCUGUGUGGCAUGUGCGGAAAGACCUUCCCGGAGGCAGAGGCCUUCUGCGCCCACCUGAAGUCACAUGAAGACUGCUCGUCCUCCAACCCCGUGGCUCGCGGUGCAAGCUAA